AAAAUGAAAUCAAAUUUUUCAAAAUUAAAUAUUUAUUUAUUUUCGAAAAAUAAGAAAUGAACACCCUCCCAAGACUUCAACAAAGCCUCUUCUUUUCUAAAAAAUUUUGCUUUUUAACGCUCACCCAUAUAAUUCCCACUCAUUAUCUUUGUUGCUUAAAGCUUGCCCUCUUCCCUUAUCCUCUCUCCCAAAGCACAUCAAUUCUCAAAGGAAUUCCAGGCAAUCCCAACCCCAACCCAAAAAAAAGAGAUUUUCAUGAAAGAAAGCAUAAUCAAAAGACUCCCUUCCCCUCUCAACAUUUAGUCUACACACUCACACAAAGAAAAAGAUCAAAAGACCCACCAAAAGAUUAAAUUAAAAGACUCCCCAUCACUCAUCUCCACCGCUACUACUCCCUCCUCAACAAAAACAAAAGCAAGCCAUUAGAGAAACAACCUACUACUUUCAUGCCAUCAUGGAAGGAGGAGGUAGUGAUGAUCAUCACCUCCACCACCACCACCACCUCCAUCAUCACCACCGCCCUAAUUUCCCAUUCCAAUUACUCGAAAAGAAAGAAGAAGAUAACCAACCUUGUUCCUCCUCUUCCUCCCCCCCUUUCCCUUCCCUCCCAGCCUCUUCCUCCAACGAUCAACCCAACACAACUCGUCCCAUUUCAAGCCUCCAAAUCUCCCCUGAACCUUCCAAAAAACCACCCCCUAAACGGACUUCAACCAAAGACCGACACACCAAGGUCGAUGGACGUGGUCGUAGAAUCCGCAUGCCAGCUCUUUGCGCAGCUAGGGUUUUUCAACUCACUCGUGAACUAGGCCACAAAUCCGAUGGUGAAACAAUCGAGUGGCUGCUCCAACAAGCUGAACCAGCGGUGAUCGCCGCCACGGGUACUGGCACUAUCCCCGCAAACUUCACUUCCCUCAACAUCUCCCUCCGUAGCUCAGGCUCAAGCAUGUCAGUUCCUUCUCAGUUACGAUCCUCAGGUUUCAACUCCAACUUCUCUAUGCAACAACGUAGAAGUUUGUUCCCCGGAAUUGGACUAGAAACAACCCCAGCAUUCCUUAACUUCCAAUCUAGUAGUAACUUGAAUUCCAUGUUCCAAGCUAAGCAAGAGUUGCGUGACAAUAGUACUUCGUUGGAAAUAUCAGAAACUGAAGAAGGUACGCUAGGAAGGAAAAGAAGACCCGAACCAGAUUUAUCUUCACAACAUCAAAUGGGGAGUUACUUGUUGCAGUCAAGCACAGGAGCAAUCCCAGCAAGUCACGGUCAGAUUCCAGCUAAUUUUUGGAUGGUAACUAAUUCUAAUAACCAAGUUAUGAGUGGUGACCCGAUAUGGACAUUUCCUUCGGUUAAUAACAGUGCUUUAUAUAGGGGCACUAUGUCUAGUGGGUUACAUUUCAUGAACUUUCCAGCUCCAAUGGCCUUGUUGCCAGGCCAGCAAUUGGGUUCAAGCAGUGUUACUAGUGGUGGUGGGAGCGGUGGAAGUAGUGGUAUAAGUGAAGGACAUUUAAACAUGUUAGCCGGAUUGAAUCCUUAUCGGCAAGUCUCCGGCAUCGGCGUAUCGGAAUCACAAGCGAGUGGGUCUCAUUCACACCACGGCGGGGGUGGUGGUGGUGGAGGCUGCGGUGAUGACCGACAUGAUACAACUAGUCAUCACUCAUAGGAGAUGAUCAUCACCAUGCAUCAUCCUUGCUUCUUUUGAUCCGUUGUGUAGUUUGAUGUGUAACACACGUGAGGUUUGAUUGCUCUUUCUUUUAAAAAGAAAAAAGAAAAAAAAAGAAGGAAGAAUUGAGUUUUUAUUAUUCCCAAAAAGAAGAAGGAAUUUUUUUUAGUGUGAUUAAUAUGGGGUUCUUUUAGGGUUUGAGAGAGUAAGAGACAGAGAAGAAGACACUAUUUUUAACAUUGGUAUUGGCUGGUUUGGCAGAAAAAAGUCUCAAUUUUUUUUGGGCUUCUUUCUUAUUAUUAUUAUAUUUAUUAUUUCACUAUACAAUAUCAAUUGCAUUGCAUCACUUGUUUGUGCAAUUUUUUUUGUGGGGAGAGGCCAAAAAUGCACUGUUUAUGUAAUUUCUAUGGAGAAAGAAAAUGGAGUAGUUAUAUGCUCUAUGGUAAGUC